AUGGCAACCACACCGCUGUUUUUCGCGUUGAUAUUGUGGUUUUGGCUUUACCAUGGCUAUAAACGCCAGUCAAACCAAAACAAGCACAGUACGAUCGCCAAAGAGGAGACGAAGAGUGAAGAAUUCGGGUCUGAAGAUGAGGUUCUGCCCGUCCACUUCGUGGACCAGGCGGCCAUUAUGCGCACUUCAAUCAUCAACUACACCUUCCGAUACAACAAGGUCCUCGAGGCAGAAAAGCUCCAUAAUGCUCUGUUACAGCUGGUACAGAUGCCUGGGUGGCGCAAAUUGGGCGGCCGUCUUCGUGCAACCAAAAAUGGCAGACUCGAGAUUCACGUACCGCGAAACUUCAGCAGAGCCCGUCCUGCAGUGAGAUUUUCCCACCUCGAUGACUCCACGAUGUCAAUCGAUUCCCACCCGCUGGCAUCGCAGCUGCCCAAGCCGACAGGGACGCUCCCAUCUGUACAAGAGGGCUGCCAUGCGUUCCGAACCUUUGCGCUUCCGAGUGAUCUACCCAACAACAUAGAACACUACCUCAAUAACGACGAGCCGCUGCUUUGUCUGCGGGUAACAUCCUUCGCGGACGCCACGCUUGUCGGGUUUACCUUUCCUCACUCGUUCGCCGACGUAAUGGGGACCUCAGAGCUCGUCGAGGCGUGGUCCAACAUGGUGGCGGGUAGAGGCCAUCUCGUGAAGCCUCUCGAAGGAACUCAGAAUGACGUGCUGGACACCGUUGGCACGAAACACGAUAGAAAAUCCACCGCAGGAGAAUUUCUUCUAGAGCGCCAACAGACGAGAGGCCUCUCGUUCUUAUCGUUCAUGGCCCGUUACUUGUGGGAUGUCACGACUCGUCCGUCUAUUCAGGCACGGCACGUGUAUCUCCCCGCCAAUUACAUGACGCAUCUGCGACGAGUCGUCGAGCAAGAGUUGAAAACGAUCAACAACGGAGUCGUUCCAUUCGUCAGCGACGGUGAUCUGAUCACGGCCUGGGGUUCUCGCAUGGUCAUGUCAUCUAACUCGUGGAGGAACUGUGGAGCAGUCAUCUGCAAUGUAUUCGACCUCCGCGGACGUUUGGAGAAGGUGUUUAUUCCCGGCGCCGCAUACCUGCAGAAUCUGAUCCUGCCGUCGACGACUGUCCUGUCCCGGGAGGAGGCGACGGCCGCCACGACGGCACAGAUUGCGCUACGCCUCCGUCAAGCUAUCGUGGAGCAGACCUCGGACGAGCAAACCCGCAGGCUCAUGCGCCUCGCGCGCGAGUGGUUCGCGCACCCAGGAACGAUGCCCCUAUUUGCGAAUUGGAACUCGCGAGUGGUUGCCUGCACCAACUGGACCAGAGCCCGACUUAUGGACGCAGCCAACCUCGGUCUACCCACCUCGGGCGAUGGUGGCGGCAUUAGCGUGGGGGGCACUGCAUCGGAAGAGACCCGGCCGGUCAUGUACUGGGGCACCACGCUUAGCGUCACAGACAACCCCCGCGACACGUUCAUAGUCUACGGGAAAGACGCAGCUGGGAAUUACUGGCUUCACGCUUACUUGAGACAGGAAACUUGGGAUUUGAUUGUGGCGGACUUGGAGGAGUUUCGACGGCAAUCGGGAUGA